AUGGAGGGCAAGAAGGUGUGUUUGGACGAGUCGGUGGCCCUGUCUAGAUCUUCAUGUCUUGUGUACUCCUUCGGUAUCGGCCACGACUUUAGCCUAGACAAAUCCAUGGGAGAAUUUGGAUGUGAAGUAUUUGCCUUCGACGACGAUGAUUAUCACAACAUGUACAUCAAUAAUAUAAUGCCCAGGGUGCAUUUCAUUCACAUUCGCCUUGGUCACUCAGUAGUUUUCUUCACGGAGAUCAACAAGUUAAAGAACUCAACCUUCCUGUACCUGUACAGGCCGCUAGACAACAUUAUGUUCAUACUACAACAUUACAGAGCUAACCUGCAACUUCUGAAGAUGGACGUGGAGGGAGACGAGUGGCAGAUCUUCCAGGACUCUAUCUUUAAGACAGACAUCUUAAACCGCACUAGACAGUUGUCCAUUGAGUUCCACAUGAUGGUUUUCCUGAAGGAUGACCUCGAACCUCAUCAAACCAGAGAUAUAAUCCUGAAAUAUUCCAGCUGA